CUUUCUCCCGUACACCUUGAUGGUCGGAUUUUUGACUGCUGCCGGUACUUGUAUGGGUACUUUGCGUGGGCUCGAAACCGGCAAGAGACCAAGAAGAAUGGUGUACAGAGGGAACCUCUUUGAACAGCACUUGAUGCAGAGAGACUUCAGAUUGACUGGGUACUGGAGAGGCCAGUCUCAGGAGCCUACCGCCCCUGAGAGAUUCAAGACCUCCUCCACCUGGAACGUCAUCGAUAAGCGCAGAAGAAGAUGGACCUUCAACGGUUACUUCGGUGGCCAACAGUACUAAACUGACCGCUAGGCUGAAAAAUGUUUGCAUCCAUGAGCCUCGCGAUAACCCUAGCCUCGACUGGAGUCUGGGUAGCACCGUGUUGUUCUUCCAAAAGUCUGUAUGCUGUAUGUGUGUUCUUGUACAGUUUUCUGAGGC